UUGACCACGUUAUAAACCAUCGCCUCACAAUGGCAGAGGCAGGUCGCCGAGUGCAGCCUAAUGUGCCUCGGUCUACAGUCUCCUCCAUCAUCCAAACCUUUCGCAGGGAAAACAGGAUUGGACGACAGCCUCAAGUGGGUGGCAGAAGAAAACUUCUAAAUGAACAACAAGAACGAGAAAUAUGCAACAUGGUCAUUGCAAAUAAUGCCAUCACACUGAGACAGAUUCGUAAUGCAAUCCUGCUAGACAAUGUAAUGUUCCAAAAUAUAAACUCUAUCAGCAUCUCCACAAUAGACCGGGUAUUGAAGAAACAUCAGAUGACCAUGAAACAGAUUUACAGGGUACCAUUUGAGAGAAACUCUGACAGAGUGAAAGGGCUGCGGUACCAGUAUGUGCAUGUAAGUCAACUACUGGUUGUCUAUCAUUGUAACACUAUUACAGUAAGACAUGGUUACCACUGUUUUUUUGUUUUGCGUUAUCCUUUUCACCUUCAGAAUCCAGCUUUGUGUGACUAGAGCAUUUUGCCUAGAAAUUGUCUUCAGUUUUCCACUCCCUGUUUGUACAGUACUUUAGAUCCUCCCUGCAGUAUCUGUCUCUACUUGACUGAUUAGAUUUAUGUCUAUUCUAUUGUAGAGAAUAAUGGCAUUAGAAGGCAACGAAACCCCUCACAUCCUAGUGUUCGUUGAUGAAGCUGGCUUCAACCUGGCCAAAGGUCGAAGGCGUGGCCGUAACAUCAUUGGCCACCGAGCCACUGUGGAUGUCCCAGGCCAGCGAGGAGCAAAUAUAACAAUGUGUGCCGCUAUAUCAGAAAGAGGUGUGGCCACACACAUUCCCAGUUUAGGGCCCUACAAUACACAAAAGCUCCUCAAUUUUUUGGACCACCUUUAUACUGAUCUGAUCCCAGAAAAUGAGAGAGGUGUAGAAGGACCUCAGCUACCACAUUAUGUCAUUGUGUGGGAUAAUGUGAACUUCCACCGCGGCCCACGCAUCAGAACCUGGUUCACCACCCAUCCCCGGAUGCUAAUGGAGUUUCUUCCACCUUACUCUCCUUUCCUAAAUCCAAUUGAGGAGUUUUUUUCAGCUUGGAGGUGGAGGGUGUAUGAGCAUCAGGCUCAAGACCAGAGGGCCCUGCUGCAUGCAAUGGAUGCUGCAUGUGAGGACAUCACAGGGGAUCAAUGUAGGGGAUGGUUGAGACAUUCACGCCGUUUCUUCCCUCGCUGCAUCGCACGAGAAAAUAUCCGUUGCGAUGUGGAUGAGAAUUUAUGGCCUGACAGAGAGCAGCGCGUCGAUGGCCAGGAGGAUGAGGAUGGUGGCCAGGAAAGAGAGGGUGACAAUGGCGACCACUGAAAAUAUUACUGUACUAUAGUUCUGAAACUUUAUUUACAGUAUGGUA